GCAUCUUCCAGGGCCCAGUCGCGAGUCUUAGCCGCCAGAAGUCGGUGCUCUCCCGUCUCCAACCCAAGACGUCACGCGCCGCGUUUUCCCGCAUUUCCACGUCCGUGCCACCACCACCCCUCUUUUCAAGGCCAAACUAUCCCAUUUCAACCCUCUAAUUGCACUUGCGGAAAUUACGGAACCUACAAGUGCGGAUCGUGCCACGCCGAGAACUUUUGGAUCCUCGACAUUGACACGUUUUGACCAUCCGGAAAGACUUUUACAAGUGUCUUAUUAGGCGCAUUAUUUUGACGUCGAAAGUUUACAAUUAUUCGUUUAGCCUUCCUGUCUUUUCGAAGACUCUUUGGAAAUUGUGCUUCUGCGAGGAUUCCGAGAGUUUGCCUCGCUUCGACUGAUCUUGCAGAAUCUCGGUUCGUUUAACUGUGAAGUACGUGCCAUCAGUGGUUCUGAAGCUCCUUCCGCGGAAAGUCGAGUAUCGCUGUAAAAUGCGAGGAGUGACGCAUUGCAGCCGGUUGACUAUCGCGCGGUGAUGUAUGGCCGUGUCCUUACGAUGAGUGUUUUGAUAUGUUAAUGUACAGAGAUUGUUAGAAAUAACGGGAAAGUGUUGGAAGAACGAGUGAGUGCGAAUUACAAGAGGAUGGAGCUGAAAACUGUUUUGAUGCUCAUGGCGACUGUCUUCUAUCAGAUUACGAAAGUUGUCUCACAAGAUUAUGAUGUUUCAGAUAUCCAAUGCACAUUCAGUAGUGACACAGCACGAAGCGGCAAAGCACUAGUAGGAAUGAAAGAUUCGAUAUCGGCGCGGCUGAGGAAGCCCGAGGGAUUCAAGGGCUCGCCCCUGUUCGCCGAUGACAGGACAGUGGACCCUCUCAUGGAUCCCUUUUGCCAAAUAAGGCCAGAUCACACGGACCCCACGGGUCUCACCUACAACCUUCAUAUAUCGGAUUUCGCCCGGUGUGGUGUUCUCCGCCGCAAUGGGUUCGUGCACGUUCGAGUGUGGUUCCCGCAGUUCCCGGGCGUCGUCAUGAUGUCUGACCAGGAGCUAAUCAUCAUGUGCAAGCCGCCCGAGCCAACAGUCAUCCAAAACAAGGCGGCAGGAUUCGCCGGCAGUUUUCCACACGGUGCUCGGGUCUCGGGAGUAGUGGAGGAGACGCCAGGACGAUUAGAGUACGAGGUGGCGCUUUACAAAGAGGCUCCAGCCAGGCUGUCUAAUGUUUCAAGCAACGAACUACCCGUCGAUCAGGCAGUUCCCAUUGGAACUAAACUCCAGCUUAGAGCUCGCAUUAAUCCCCAUUCAGCGUGGAAGUUUGUGAAGCUUAUGGAGGUGACUGUUUCACCAGAUCCAGACAAUCCUCACGUGACCGGGAGUGUGGCGCUUGUGAAAGACGGAUGCCGCAAUCGAGAUUUUGCAACAAUCAUACCUCACCAGCCAGCGCGCUACAGAGACAGGCAUAACGAAGUGUUCUUAGAUUUCGAAGCUUUCCUGCUCAGCACGAUGAGGGAAAGAUCAACACUAUGGAUCCACUCUCAGAUCAAAGCUUGCAUGGAUUCAACAGACUGCCAGCCCGAAUACUGUUUGGAUCUGUUCGAGCCUUCCGGCCACGGCAGGAGGCGGCGGCGAUCGGUUAAUGACCUGCAAUUCGGCAAUAAAACGGUGAUCGGUCAUGAUGGCAACAAAACCGAAACGCAAUAUGCAAAAUUCCAGGAGAAUAUUGAGUACACAGUUCUCAUGCCAGGAGAUUUCUACCAUCGGGCGGUCUCCAUGGAGAACUCUUGCAGCACGUUCCUGAUGGUGUCGGCAACGCUAGGUCUGCUCCUUUUCCUGUCGGCAUUCAUUAUGUGUUACUUAGCGUCUCGGCUUCAGAGCGUCCUGUCGUCGCAGUACAACGCUACCAUGGGUAUCGACCAACUAGUCAGGGAGCACGCCAGGAAAAUGGGCCCCGAAUCAGUCUGCUACACCGGCAGGACCAUGUUCCAGUGAAAAUCCAUUCCGAGCCAAAAAGAGUAUGCAGAAACCUCGGAUACUGCCGCGCUACGGAGGAACCAGAGACAAGAGACCCUCCACUGAUCGCUUGGCGGCAGGUGGAAGCUUUCACUUUCGGGGAUUCAACAGUUUCUUAUGUGCAAUUAUAAGGUAGCAACAGUCAUCACCCUAAUUUCGGCUGUUGACCUACCUACAUGGUGGAUGAUGAGCUUCGGGUGCACGCAAAAAAAAGCGCCCUUCGUCACUCCUCCCGCGGUUGUCAUUUUCC